AUGCCUCGCCCGGGGAGGAACACGUACAGCGACCAGAAGCCUCCGUACUCCUACAUCUCCCUCACGGCCAUGGCCAUCCAGAGCUGCCCGGAGAAGAUGCUCCCCCUCAGUGAGAUUUACAAGUUCAUCAUGGACCGGUUCCCUUACUACCGGGAGAACACGCAGCGGUGGCAGAACUCCCUGCGGCACAACCUCUCCUUCAAUGACUGCUUCAUUAAGAUCCCCCGCAGACCGGAUCAGCCCGGUAAGGGCAGCUUUUGGGCUCUGCACCCGAGCUGCGGCGACAUGUUUGAGAACGGGAGUUUUCUGCGGCGCAGGAAGCGCUUUAAAGUGGGCGGCAUGCAGGCCACGGACCCGCUGGCGCCCAGCAAGCCGCAGCAGGACGCGGCCCACUACCUGCAGCAGCAGGCCAAGCUGCGGCUCAGCGCGCUGCACGCCGCCGCGCACCUCCCGCAGAUGACGGGCGGGUACAACCUGAGCCCGGUGUCCCAGCCGUCCAGCUUCAAACACCCGUUCGCCAUCGAGAACAUCAUCGCCAGAGAGUACAAGAUGCCGGGCGGGCUGGCGGCCUUCUCCACCACCGGGUACCCGCUCCACAGCCAGCUGACCCCGGCCUGGCCGCACAUGUACGGCUCCGGGAUGAUGGACACAGCGGCCCCCAUCUCCAUGGCCACCGGCGACUACUCAGCCUACGGCGUGCCGCUCAAGUCCAUCUGUCACGGGGGCCAGACUCUGCCCGCCAUCCCGGUGCCCAUCAAACCCACGCCCGGCUCAAUGCCCGGCCUGCCGGGGCUGCACACGCACAUUCCGGCCUUCCUCGCGAACUCGCCCCAGUCUCUGAGCCCCACCUCUCCGCAGACAGCCACCGGCCAGAGCAGCCCCGAAGGACCCGGAGAGGUGCUGUCCUCCUCGGCCUCCGCGGUGGCGGUGCACUGACUGGACUCGGACUCUGUUCUCUUUUUAUAAAAUAAAAUAAAAACUCUCUGAAAAGGGGAAAAUGACAAAGUUUCCUCUCCAGGACAGAUGCUGGGAUGUGGUUUAAUUAUUAGGAUUUUUUUUCUUUAUUGUGUUUUUAUUUCUGAAAAGAAAGAAAUUCAUCCAUCACACCUCCAUCAUGCAGAGAAACAGCAGGUUGACCUCUGACCUCCGGUCAACAACAACAGGCUCAUUACAGCCUGAAGAUUUUCCAUAAUUAGUUUUCCCUGUGAGUCAGUGUCAGAAACUAAAAUCCCAGUUUCUGUUCCUCCACAGCAGACUGCUGCUCCCGGUCUGAUCGGGUCUGACAAAUGAUCCAGAUCUUUUGUGUUUGCAGCCUUUUCUCCUCAAAGUGAAAGAGAACUCUUUAGAUUAAUGACUUUUUAAAAGAUUUUAGGCCUCUCUGCUGUUUCUUUUCUGGCCCCCAAAACAAAAAGUUAAACUCAAAAGGAAGAAAAAUGUUUUGCACUUGCAGAAUUUGUCUUCUGAACAAAAACUCAACUAUAAAAAUGCAAACAAGCAUUUAGUGAACCAAAUAAAUACCCAGUCUUUU